AUUUGCACGCUCACAUUCGAUCAAAAAUAACUGUAAACUGUAACCAAAGUACUCGGCAUUCAGUUAUAAUCUAUGCAUAGAAUCAGACUGCAGUGCCAUGUGCCGAAGGGCCAGGGACGCCACCAACUGUUGGAUUCGUCUGAUCCAACGGUCAGCAAUCAGUACGUCCAAAUAAAAUCAAAAGCCCUCUGCCCCAAAAAACCCUACGUCCGUCCCCAAUCCGUCACCCGCCGCCGCCGACCUCCAUCCUCGAGCGCCGCCGCGCCAUGAGGCCUCUCGACGAGAAGGAGACCACCCAAGUAUUCGAGAAGCUGUUCAAGUUCACGGGGCCCAACCUGAAGCACCUCCUGGAGCGGCCCGCCGUCGAGGGCCCGGACCCGGAGCCCGGCCGCUACUGCCUCCGCCUCCACCGCAACCGCGUCUACUACGCCUCCGAGGCCCUCGUCCGCCGCGCCACCGCCGUCGCGCGCCCGCGCCUCGCCGGCGUGGGCACGCCCAUCGGCAGGUUCACCCACCACGGCGCGUUCCACCUCACCGUCCACGCGCUCGACCUCCUCGCGGCCCACGCGCGGCGCCGCGUCUGGCUCAAGCCCGACACCGAGCGCUCCUUCCUCUUCGGCAACUCCGUGCCCAAGUCCUCCCUCGCGCGAAUCACCGAGAACACCAAGGCGGGGGACGGGGUCGUCGUCAUGUCCAUGGCCGACGUGCCGCUCGGAUUCGGCGUCGCUGCGAGGUCGGCGCAGGACUGCAGGAAGGCGGACACUAACGCCGUGGUCGUGCUGCAUCAGGCGGACGCCGGGGAGUACCUCCGCAAGGAGGAGGAGCUCAUGUGAGGUCUGCCGUGGCUUGUGGUGCUGAAAGAUGUAUCUUUAGCACUUGUGUUGUGAUCUGUAAGCAGUUCUACAAUGGUUCCUGGUGCAACGAAGAGCGGAAAGCAAUACUUACCGUGUAUCUUAGUCCAAGUUUUCAAUAGAUUUCGUCACCCUGUCACAUGUCAUUAUGCUACUGGAGUUGUUCAUGUGGAAUUUCUAGAUUAGAUGAUGAAUGGAUAGUACGGUCCUUGUAGCAGAUGUAUGGAUCAAAUUGUCUGGGUUGCCCAGUUACAUCGUGGAUCGAUUGACGAAAUACAUCAUGGGAAAUUGCUUGAGCGCUUCA